AUGAGUGGCUUUCAGCUCAGUAAAUGGACUUCAAACUGUCCCCAGCUCCUGGAACGGUUUCCAGAGGACCAAUGUGACAUGCCUAAGGACUUUGACAUCAGCCCAGAAUCGAACACCAUUAAAGUGCUUGAGAUACAAUGGAUUCCUCAAUCGGAUGAGUUCACUUAUCGCAUCUCUCUCCCUCCAAUAACCCAAAUCACAAAGCGCUCUAUUCUCAGCACAGUAGCAUCACUCUAUGACCCCAACGGUUGGGUCACACCGGUCAUUUUCCGCGCAAAGCUCCUUUUACAGAAGUUAUGGAUUCUGAAACUGGGAUGGGACGAACCCCCUGGCAAUGAAGUUUACACAGAGUGGCAGCACAUUUCACAAGAUCUUCCUCAACUCUCGAAUCUCCGCUUACCUCGUCACAUUUGCAAAUAUAAGCCGACAUCCACUUACUCACUCCACGGAUUCGCGGACGCAUCAGAAGCUGGAUUUGCGUCUGUCAUUUAUCUUCAUGAGCUCAAUGCCAAUUGA